AAUUUCUUAAUAAAAAUGCAUGCCAACUUGCCAAGUCAUCGGUUGUUGUUUGCCACCCGCUCCCGUCCAAAACAAAUUGCGGAAGCAAUGACAAAAUCAGAACCCCAUGUGGCCUAUGUCCCACGCACGCACGAACUUCACUUCUGCGUCCUACACGUGUCCACCCGUGCUCGUCCCCCUGAAAAACCUCUGAGAACCUUAUCGCCGACGUGGACCCCCGCCACGUGUUUACAUUUUCUCUAUAAAUUAACGCGUUCCCUAUGCUUCUCACGUUUCAACGUUCAAGAGCCGCCGUUGAAGAGAAACGAAGAAGAAGAAGAAGCAGCAGCAGCAGCAGCACCAGAAGAGGUUGAGAGAGUUAAGGUCAAAAUGACAGCAGAGUUACAGUUACCACCCGGCUUCAGGUUCCACCCGACGGAUGAGGAGCUCGUUAUUCACUACCUCUGCCGUAAAUGCGCUUCACAGCCGAUUGCAGUCCCUAUCAUCGCUGAAAUCGAUCUCUACAAAUUCAAUCCAUGGGAUCUUCCUGAUUUGGCUCUGUACGGCGAGAAGGAAUGGUACUUCUUUUCACCGAGGGACAGGAAGUAUCCAAACGGAUCAAGGCCAAACAGGGCAGCAGGAAGCGGCUACUGGAAGGCGACGGGAGCCGAUAAGCCAAUUGGCAGGCCAAAAGCAGCGGGGAUUAAGAAGGCUCUGGUGUUUUACGCCGGAAAAGCUCCCAAAGGAGAAAAAACCAAUUGGAUUAUGCACGAGUACCGCCUCGCCGACGUCGACCGCUCUCCUCACAAGAACAACGGCUUGAGGCUGGACGAUUGGGUGCUGUGCCGAAUAUAUAACAAGAAAUGGACUAUAGAGAGGAAGCCGCUGCGAGAGAAGAAGCCCAUUUUAUCGGCAAUUACAGAGGAAACGAGGCAGUCGCCGGAAGAUAGGAAGCCCAGUUUAUCGGUAGUUUCCGAGGAGAAGAAGCCGGAGAUCUUGAUACGUGGCAUGGGAACGACGGCGCCACCGCAGCCUCCAGUCGCGGUGGCGAAUGAUUAUUUUUACUUUGACACGUCCGAGUCGAUGCCGAGGUUACCACAUACGGACUCGAGUUGUUCGGAGCACGCGAUAUCGCCGGAAUUCACUUCCGAGGUCCAGAGCGAGCCGAAGUGGGAUGACUACAAUGCCUUCGAUUUCCCCUAUUACGUGGAUGACACUGUGGAUAUGUUCCAGGGCGAUAAUCAGAUGUCGUCGUUCCAGGAUUUGUUCAUGUUCGCGCAGAAGCCGUUUUGAAUCUGGUAAUAAUUGGAUGGCAUAGAUGGUGCUUGUGGAGUAGUGUUGAUGAUAUAAUCUGGGCCGUUGAUAGAAGAAAGUGUUGAUUUUGAUUCAUCUGACGAUGGGUGUUGGAUUUCAUGCGUAAUAGAGACUAAUUAGUAACUUAGAAUAUGUACAGGAGAUUAAGGUCACUCUAGUUAUUACAUUAAAAAAUAAAAAAGAGAAUUCUUGUACUACUAAAAAAAAGAUUGAUUUGUCAUGUUUGUUUCACAAAGUUUUAUAGUAAAUAUUAUUAUUUUUU